AUGAAGCUGUGCGGAUCAAGAAGCGCUUCUAACCACAGCUGCCCAUUGACCAGCCGAUGCAAAGGGCAGCUUCUCCUGAGCCCUGCAGAAGGAAGGGGCAGGACCUGGCUCCUGCUGCUGCUGCCGCUCUGCGCCCUGCAGAUACCCACCGGGAGCUCGGAGGGUGUGAUUAAAGUCGACCUUGACUUGGCACCCCAGUCCUUUGAUGACCAGUACCAAGGCUGUAGCAGACAGGUCAUGGAGGAACUGAACCAAGGAGAAUAUUUCACCAAGGAGCUAGAUGCCCAUAAGAAUUACUCCAGGGUGUGGCAAAGAGCCCACUUAACGUGGCUGAGCCAAGCAAAACCCCUCCCCAGGAACAUGACCACUGCCCAUGCUGUGGCCAUCUUGGUCUACACCCUGAAUCCCAACGUGCGCUCUGACUUCUCCAAGGCCAUGGCCGGGGCUGCCAAGUCUCCGGAGCAGUACAAACAGUCGUUCCACUUCAAGUACCUGCACUUCUACCUCACCUCAGCCAUCCAGCAGCUGAGAAAAGAGAACGACACGCUGUGUUACAAGGUGCAUCACGGGAUCGCGGGUGCCCACUUGGAAGCUGCAAUAAGCACCACCAUUCGAUUUGGCCAGUUCCUGUCCACAUCCCUCCUGAGAGAAGAGGUGCAGAUGUCUGGGAACCAAACAGGACUCACCAUUAUAACUUGCCUGGGCGCACCUGUGUAUGACUUCUCCCUCAAGAAAAAUGUCCUGAUCCCUCCCUACGAGCUAUUUGAAGUUGUAAGGAAGAGCCACCACCCAACAGGACAGUGGCUGUACUUGCAGUCAGCUGGAAACCAGAGCACAUACAACUGCCAGCUGCUGAAAGCCUCCAGCAGGAAGUGGACCCCUGUCCCCGUGGUUACUGCCUCCCUCUCCUUCCUGGCCAGCGUGGUUGUCGCCUCCAAAAGCACAGUACAGAGGAAUUCGGUGGCUCCUGUGUAA